AUGGAAGGCAGGGAUACACUGGCAGGCCUUCGUGGCCUUUACCAGGAUCUUUCUGCGCUUUCAGACUCGUCGUUUGUAAACAUUGAACGACUUCGUAUCGAGUUGGAGGCUCAUAUUGAAGAUUUCAGGAAACUCCUGGACAAACCCACGAAGAACAACACAAGUCGGCAGACCGUUCUCUCAGGGAAGAUUACAGUCGAUGAUGUCGAAUAUUCAAUUAAUCAGGACUUCCAACAAGGAGCGCUACAGCUCGCGGAUGCUCUCAACAUUGACGAACUGGAAGCGGCAGUCUUGUUCCUCGCUGCCCAAGAGGAAGCCCAGAUGCUGGAUAGGCCUCCUUUGAUUGCGGCGAUCAUGCGCUUCCAUGAGCGUCGGCACUUUCUUCUCGAAUGCUUGCGUCUCAUUCUACAAGAAACGUUUGAGGUUGAAAGAGAAGUGACACAAGCUCUUAUGCAAGAAAUGGUGGCUUUUGUUGUUGAGAUCAAAAACGGGCCAUUGAGGAACGCAUCACUCUAUGCGCGGAAGUGCAUGAAAUCGAUGGAGGAAAUCGAGGGGUGGCUGCUACUCCUUGGGGAGCAGGUGCAGAAAGCUUCGAUUGUUGGUCAAACAGGGGAUCGGGACGUGAUGGAGGCUAUUGAAUAUCAACGCAACAGCCUGCAGCAACAACAUGAGUCGCUGGGGGCAAUAAUAUGCUACUUCUUCAAGGGCCCUUACACCAGCCCGGAGGACCUCCGAGUGCUUCUCACACGACUGAGGAAGCUCGACCGAAUCGAUGGCCUUCUAGUCCACUACAUUCCUGCUAUGAUCUCUUCAUUCGUUCAGCAUGGCUCUCCCGAGCGGUCCAAUUCUUACAAAGAAGCGAGAAGUCUACACACAGCUGUUACUUCCACCAAGGACGGUCAAAACUGGAAGUUACCGACAUUUCAUGCUGCUGUAGUUGCGCUUUGGCUAGCAGUGUACAGCGGCUGGGAUAUUGAUGGGCCUUCAUCGCCUGUGCAAGGAGUUGACCUCGAUAAAGAGGCAGAAGAACGCACGAAGAUGUUCAUGACUGUCUUAGACGAUGGAGGAUUGGAAUUCCUGCUUGCUGUUUGCGCCAGCGUAAACAAUGAAGAAUGGACCGAUCCUGCCCGUCGCGAACUCGUAACUCUCCUGUUGAAGGAGGGUGCAUCGGCAAAUCUGGAGCUAGGAUCAUGUGCUGGAUUCCUUAAGACUCUAUUGAUGGAGAAUCUUGAAGCCUUCGUUGAAUCAUGCAUCGCUAAUAUGCCAGAUGCCGUUCGCAAGUUGAAAUCUGAAGAGGAUAUGCAGCGCUUAGAUCAAAUAACUGCCCUCAGGGAUGGCCUGACAUCCAGCCAUCAUCGCGGCCUGGUGGAAGCUCGGACGCAUCUUGAGUCGUUUCUCAUAAUCAUGGCAUUUGCCUUUGAUGGUCGACCGGACGCGGCUCAGGAAUUCUGGGCUGAUCCGGAUGGCAAUCUGUAUGGUUUCCUUCAAUGGGCGUCUAAGAGACAGACGGUACCAAGAGUCAGUGCAUUCUGCGAGUUGAUAUGUUCUAUUUCAGGGGGCGAAGAAAAUGCCGCCGCAGCGCAACGUUUCCUGUCUGAAGAAGACAAGUUCUUGUCGGCCAAGUUCAAGCGGUCUACCUCUAUGAAUUGGUCCCAGAUGUUUGCUGAGCUUCAACUAUACGCAAGUAGGGUCAAUGAGAAGCCCGUCGCGUCUCAGUCUGUUCUGCGUGCUCGAAAGACGGAGCCAGUCGACAUGAGCGAACCGGAAAGUCCUGUCAUGCUGACAUGCUAUCUCCGAUUGAUGGGUCAUCUGUGUAGACAAAGCGCAUCCAUCAGGGAAUGGAUGCUUCAUCACCCGUCAAAUAAUAUUGUCAGCACCUUGUUAACAUUAUGCAGCGGCCCAGUACCCACUCAUCUAAGGGCCACUGUGUUCACAACCCUCGCAGCUUUAAUGACGGGAAGAUCCUCCCACAAUGGCAAUGAGAUGUGGCUUUCACUUGAUCAGUGGAUUUCUGGAGGUGCUACGAGUGCUUCUGGUCUCGGCAAAGUGCCCAUAGUCUCGAAUCCACUGGUUUGGCACGAGCAUCAGGCCUUCCAGAAGAUAGGCGAAAGCUUUGACCAGGCCAAUGCCUUUGUCGUCUUAAUCUACUCGCUUGUUUCUCCCACAUCGGAUUCGGCUGACUUCCAUCUUUCCUUGCCUUUCCCUGAAUCUUUGGGGUCAUCUUAUCGUAUGCCUGGUAUCGAGCCAUACAUUGACUUCGUUCUGGGCCAGGCUUUGUCCAGAAAGGUUCCGGAUUUAAGCGAACGCCAGACUCGUCUUUUAACUUACAACUGCUUGGAUUUUAUCAUCACCUGCCUCAAGUCGUUCAAUGAGAGCAUAGUCACUGUUCUCAGCCAACCCGCUGUCAGCGCUGAGCUCAGCUUGAAAACGUCUUCGCUGGUUACUUAUAUCCGUCUUCAUCCAUUUGCCCGUGUAGCUGAAUGGCUUUUCAACGAAGAUGUGAUCAAAGCCCUCUUUGCGACUGCUCAACAAGACGCAACCGAAGUUGCUAAUGCCGCAUCUGAUUCGGUCCUUGUUCAAUGCUUGGUCAAAAGUCUUGAGGUCAUGGAUCUCAUCUUGGACCUCCAGUCGACCUACUUUGAUAUUGUUCGGCCGUCGAUCAAGUCUCAGGCGGGUGGAAGCAGGCUCAACGUUGCGAAUUCGUCACUCUCCGCCUUCGAGGACAGUGUCCUGAAUCAUUUGACGAUAAUCCCAGCCCUGAGCCUUUAUUGCGGGGCUGGUCAUGAGCAGCUGACAGUGACAUCAAUGGCGCUUCUGGAGAAAUUGUCAAGCUCCAGGAAGCUGAACAAGAUGUCAUCACCAGAGCUGUUGAAAUGGCAAUCUGCAAACAAAAUCGUGGAAGUGUUGAGCACAGAAGUGGACGUGGACAGUGUUUCGCGGCCACUAGUAUCGCAAAUGCAGCCUGAAUUGAGGGAGUUAGAACUCGGCUCGCGAUCCUCUGGGUAUAUCAUCAGAGAGAAUCUGCUGGCACUUCUCAAUAGUUGUCUGGGCGCGAUCACAGACCGCCCAACCAUUGCUCAUCUUCUCCUUGGGUUCAGGAGUGUUGGCACCAUGCUUGACGUUGCCCCGAAUAGUCUGUUCGCUGAGGGAAUGUCACUGUUGCAUGCUAUCAUCGGUUUCCUGCAGAGCUAUCCCGAUGCACUAGAAGGCAAUAUUCUUGCAUGGAUGGUUCAUUUGAGACGUAUGGCUUUCGAAGUCCUCAAGCAUUUAUGGUCAUCCAAAAUCUCAUCCCCUUUCACACUUCUGGAGAUGCGCUCGAGCCGUUUUCUCCUCAACAUGUUUGCCAAUCAACCUAUAAUUGGACCAAACACUUUGUUUGACGGCUUGUCUAUCAUGGAAGAAGAGUUCUGGAUUUCUGAAUCAGCUUCUGCUCUGGCAGAAUUCUUGCUCUACCGGAGUUACUUGUAUGCUUAUGCCACCACCGAGAUUCGUUCCGCUGCGAAAUUGGGCUCGCAAACACUUCAGACAAACAUCCUCUCAACAUUGCUUGGAAACUCGACGACGGAGUCGGGAGAAAUGAUACUUAAUCCCACUGUGUUCGAUCUCUUUGACUUUGCUGACCUUGAUCUCAGCCAACGAUUCCAGCCACCCAAAUUAGUCUUCCUUGACGGCAUCGGCGUCGACUUGUGUGCCAAAUCGCAAGCAGACGAGUCUCUUGUCCUCUAUAAUCUCGCAGAAGUUGCAGAAUUGAUCCAGAUCAGAAAGGAAGAGUUAAUAUCAAAUGGGCAAUUGCGGCCUCAGGAUGAAGAACAAUUUCAGGCUGAGGCUGAGAGUUUGACAUUGUUCAUUCGCGCAACGAAUCAAGCAAGGCAAAUCGUUUUCAACUGUUACUUCGCUCUUCGGUCAUGGACAGAGCUCAUUAAGACAAUGCUUGCUUGUUCAGAAAUCGAGGAUGGCCGGAAAUCAACUUUCAUCCUCCAUUCAAUUCAGCUGAUUCUUCCUAAGCUUGAAGCUGCCAUUGAGGACGACCUUCCGGAGGCGCUUGGGCUCGCACAACUGGCUGAGACUCUCAUCAGUAGCUUAGAGCCGACAAGCACAAGUACACACGCGGUCCGGCGAAGUGGAGACAUUAUCGAUGAGAAACUUCAUCAGCUGUUUCAAAUAUGCAUACGAGGGAUUAUUCUUGCAACCGGCAAUGUUCAUCUGAGGGAAACAUUUUAUAAUAUUGGGUCUCAGUAUAUCAACCGUAUCGUUUCUGCCGAUGCAGUCAACCAAAACUCGAAACACCACAGCCAGCAUGUCAUCAAAACAGCUAGCCCUACCCUGAUUGAGACCACCUGCGAUGACGCGUAUGCUGGUCAAGAAGCAUGCCGGGUAUCAGCUCUUUUGUUUCUCAAUCUGCUCGCGUGUCUCGACCAGAAAACAGAUUCUUCUUUGGCGGAGGCGAUAUCCCAAUCAAAUUACCUAAGUCUGUUCUUGGACGCUGUCAGAGCGCUACCCAUAGAAUUGAAAAAUGCUCAAGCAAGCGAUACGCCAUCCUUAUUGUCAUAUUACGAGUCCUUGCUAUCCUUGUUGCAGCGACUCUGCCAAACAAAGAAUGGAGCAAUUCAUGUCCUAAAAACUGGCCUCUUCCAGGCUGUCCGUGAUUCAAGGCUUUUCACCGCUGACCCCGACCUGGGUAUCGAUAUCGAUAACCCAGAUGCUCUUCGCAAGUAUUAUGAUCUCCUUGGCUCAGUACUCCGGGUUAUUAUCUCGGCUGUAUUUUCUCGGGGGCUUCACAAUGAGCAAAUGUUAGAGCAAACACGAGCUUUCCUUGCUGAGAACAGACAGAGCAUGGUCGGUAUCUUUAAGCGCUUCGCCAAUAUUGGGGGAGCAGGUGCUGCUGAACAUCACGAAGCGCUAAGUGAAUUGGCCAAAUGCUAUAUGACACUUGUCACUACAACAGAUUUCCUGGAAUUUGAGGAUGAGGAAGUGAAGGAAUUGUCCCGUCCUACAUUAUUUUCCUAG